UCAGCGGGCGGCUGUUUCCGGGUCAGAGGUCAGAGCGAUCGGCGCGGCGUGAACCAUGGUGCAGCUCCGGCCGCGCGCUUCCCGCACCCCCGCGUCCGCGGAGGCGAUGGUGGACGAGGGCCAGCCCGCCUCGGAGGAGGUGGAGCACGGCCUGCUGCUCGGGCAGCCCAGCAGCGGCGCGGCCGCCGAGCCGCUCGAGGAUGAGGACGGGGAGGAUGAGCUUGACGACGAGGCCCCCGAGGAGCUGACCUUCGCCAGCGCCCAGGCAGAAGCGAGAGAAGAGGAGCGGCGGGUGCGCGAGACCGUGCGCAGGGAGAAGACGCUGCUGAAGGAGAAGAGGAAGCGGCGCGAGGAGCUGUUCAUCGAGCAAAAGAAAAGAAAACUUCUUCCAGAUACUAUUCUACAACAGUUAACUACAGCUCCACAAACUGACAUAAAGAAAUCACCGGGAAAAUUGGCAGAAGUUAAUUUGCAAAAGAAAAAUGAAGGGUGUGAAAAAGGAAGUGACUCCAAGAAAGUUAAAGGACAAAAAGUACAGUCUGCCAGCCAGAACAAAAGCUAUAUAGCCCUAAGGCUAAAGGACCAAGAUCUGAGAGAUUCAAGGCAACAAGCAGCCAAAGCCUUUAUACAUAAUUCUCUAUAUGGCCCAGGAACCAACAGAACUACUGUGAAUAAGUUUCUGUCUCUUGACAACAAGAGGUUACCAGUGAAAAAGGCUGCAGCCCAGUUUUUGAAUCAUGCUUGGGGAACCCAGAAAAAACAAAACGCAAAGAGAUUUAAACGACGGUGGAUGGUCAGAAAGAUGAAAACUAAUAAAUCAAAGUAAAAGCCAAAUAAAGAAUCUGGUACUGUGUAUGUAACUUAGGAUUCAUUUCUCUUAUAAAAAAAUUAAUCAUUCAUAAAGAAUUUUAAAGUGCCAUCAUAAAAACCAUGUGUAUUUUUCUGCAGAAAUAUUUAGCUAUAUUUCAUCUUUCUAGAGUAUGAGGAUGCCUUCUCAUCUUUGAAAGUCCUGAGAGAAAGUGUGGUUUUAAAAAAUGUUUUCUUUGUUUUCUUAAAUCCAAGCAACUGAACACAGGCAAUGCCCACUUCAGUAAAGGCACCUCUUCCACCCCUUCCACCCGCCACAGGCUGGGUGCGUGGCAGGGUUGGCAGGGAGAGAGGGAGUGUUGGACCCAUGGGGAGGCCUUUUCAAGCACCGCUCCCAGGUGUUCUGGUGCUAUCGAUGAGAUUGGUUUUACAGAAUACUGCUUUGCAAUAAUUCCUCAGGGAGUGAGAGAAGUAAUUUUAAGAGUGUAAAAUCUAAGCAGUCAUCUAUUCUUAGAGAAGAUUCAGCCUGUGUAUAGAUAGUCAGCUGACACCUUUGCCAUACCAAAGGAUCAGGGUAAUCUGUUGAACGGCUUUUUAAAACAUACUUUUAACUAGUUUUGGGGUUUAACUGGCAAGUCUCACAUGCCAUGCUGUGAUUAUGAAAACAAUGAGGCUUCAUUUCCUACUGUCUUUCUGCCAUGUGCAACAUAAGGUUUAAUGCUAAUCCAGGGCGGCCAGUAAAGAAGGCAGUCUUGGGGGCAGAACUCAGAAGCAAUUAAAACAUCAACUGCCCUAAUUCUACACUAACCUAUAAGAAGUAUACACAUACCUGUACAUAAACUCAAUUGACACUGCAGUAUCUGUAGAAGUAAAUUUUUAAUGGCUGGUUAAUUAUAUCACUACAUUUUUAUUGCAAUAUAGUACUCAUUUAAGCACUUAAAAAUGGAAGGUGUACAAAGAUUAAAUUAAGACACAGUAAAUUGACUAAAUAUUUGGUUUUUAUAUAAAUAAAGGUCAUAACCACACUGUUGACAUGUAAUACUGUUAUAAUACAACAGUUAAACUUGUGAGUCUACAACAGAAGUCAUCUGUAAUUAAACAGGAAACAAAGUUGAAAAGACCAUGUUAAAACAAAACUACUGGGACUAACAGGUCGGGAUUGUAAGUAGCAACGAACAUAUUCACUCAGCUCCUGAGCAUUUCAAGUUUUACAGUACACGUUAAAAAUGAUUCCUUCCAUCAACACUAUAGAUUCAAACUGUCGAUGUUUAUGCAUUUUGCAAGUUACACUGAUUGAAUGCUUAUAUGGGAGCGGGGGUCGGAACAUCUCCCAAUUUGAAGUUUACAUCACCCACAUGCUAACACAAACACAACUUGUUCCAUUUCCUCUCCCCAUCUCCUCCCCACAAAGAAGGCAGGACUUUUUGGUUUGUUUUAGGUAAUUGUUUUAAAGGAUUUCUGAUGAUCAAUUUGAAUGUCUGAAAUUCAGUAAUAUUUAACUCUUAGACAACUAAGAGGUUAAAGAUGGAAAAUAAUUUCUCCUAACACUAAGUUAGAAAAUCAUUUGCAUCAUGCUGUAAACUAGGAAGCAAUGUAAAGCGACAAAAACCUGUCCCC